GAUAACGUGGCAUUUUAUAUUUUCAUCUUCACAGAUUACAUGAAAAUAUGAAAUCUUGUAUAUCUUGAAAUUAUCUUCGUAGUUCAUAUAAUCUGUGAUUUCAUCAUGUUAUCCCAUGCAGAAUGAGUAAUAAGGGACUUCUAUAUAGAACUCUAUGAAUGUAUAACAAAAUACGGGAUUUUAAAAAGGAAAUUAGAAGAUAGAAAAACUUCACCAGUCUCAGUAUGCAGACGUUUCGUAUUGUCUCUAAUAGUAUUUGAAUAUUUGACAUGACAAAUUGAUAUUUAUGUAUAAAAUAUAAAUAUGAAACUCAAUUAUGAUAUUUUGAAAGAAAAAAAAGAAGAUGAUGAUGAAUCAUAAUCAUAACGCUAAAAAUGAAGAGGAUGAGAGUAUUAUUCGAAAACUGGAAGAAACCCAAAACAACGGACUUAAAAAUGUUGUUGUAGAUGACGUUGCAAAAGUGCUUAGUUAUUCAGACAAUUUACCCUAUGUUGAAGGACAAUGGAGUAUGAACAACCCGACUGGAAAGAAAGUGUAUUCUAUAUCAUUUUUAUUACAACUUGGUAGUGAAGCUGUUUGUCAAAUAAAACCUGAUGUAUUGAAAACACGACAGUUCAGCUCAUUAAGUCGACCCGGUGCCAAAUGUAUUCAAAUGAAUAGUCAAGGAAAAACAGCUAGUAAAACAGCAAAACCAAAUACUGUUCAUACGUCUCUUACUUUAGGAGAAAAUCUUUUAAUGGUCAAAGAGGCAGUCAAAAAUCCAUUGUUUGUAAUGAACUCAGUAAUUGCUCAUAAAAUUCAUAUGAAAUGUAAAAACAUACUUCUAGACUAUGAGCAACGGAAAAAUUUAGAUGAAAUAAUUUAUUCAUUAUCUGAAGAUGAAUCUUCAGUAAUCCGCACAAGGCACGAAGAGUUUGUGAAAUCAAUGUCACUUAUAACAUUAGAUUGUCCCAUCACUAAAACAACAGUGGCGGGAAAGAUUUUUGCAGAACUUUUAUCCAAAAAAAUUCUUUCUAUGCCGGCUAUCACUUUAGGCAUUGAUGAUGUUCUUAAGUAUUGGAAUGAUUUUUUGAUGGAUUACCCUCAAUUUUUCUCCUAUAUUGCUGCCAUUAUUGCUCCAUUAUUAUUAUCACAGAAUGCUUCCUUCGGUUUCAAUAAUUUAAAAGACUCGUGUACAUCUAUACGACCAGACAAUUCUUGUAAAUUGUUUACCGAAGUAUUGUAUAAAAUUGACAGUUCCGAGGAAAUACAGAACAUUAAAGAAAAACUAGGUGGUAUAUUUUGGAUUUACAAUAAGUGGAAUAUGUUAGAAAAUAUUUCUCUGGAUGACUUCAUGCCUAAUAACCAAAUAAAUAAAUAUUUUAAAAAAGAUCAAGUUGGAGUAUUCCUUUUAUCUAUUGCCAUUUAUGAUAAAAUGAAGUUGACUGAUAGUAAACGAUUUUACAAUAUAUUGCAAAGCUGGAUAUGUACUAAUAUCAGUAAAGAAAUAAUAAAAAGCUCUCUGUUUGUGCAAGCAUUAACUAUAGCUAUUGUAAUUUUAUGUUUGAAGUUGAAUCAUUCAUACCAUAAUUUCUUUGAUAAUGUCCAUGUGAAAUUGUUGAUCCAUUAUAUUCAAUUUAAAGCACUCCCGAUAAAUGAAAUCCAGGCACGAGAAGUACAAUGUAUGUACGGCAUUCAAAUAAUGUCUGCUACACUGGAACAUCCUCGAGGAAUGGUAUUAAAACUGUUUAAUAAGCUCUAUCAGGAUAAAGUUAUAAGCAAAGAAUCAUUUGAACUAUUCAUUAAAGAUUAUGAAAAAAUAGCCGAAUAAUGGACUGAGUAUUUUCAUCAAUCAACACGAAAUGUUUCUAUUUUUUUAUUUUUUUUUUUAUUGUAUAAAUAGGAAAAAAAAAUUCUAAAUACUAAUCCAUUUUUAUUUAUUUCUUUAG